AUGGCCGUGCAAGAGUUGGACAUGAUCACGGACGUGUUCAAUCGCUUGGUCUCGUCAUGUCACGCGAAAUGUAUCAGCCCUCGAUAUGCAGAAGGCGACCUCAACAAGGGGGAGAGUGUCUGCAUCGAUCGAUGUGUAGCGAAGUUUUUUGAAGUGAACAAGAAAGUCGGGGAGAAGCUGCAGAACAUGGGUGCGAAUGCCGGAGCAGCAGCGGGUGGACAGAGCGCGUUUGGAUCGCUAUGA